AUGACUCAACCUGAAACAAAUAGUUAACAACAGCAACAAGCUUUAGAAAUUGUCACAGAUUAAAAUAAAGCUGACAAGCAAUAAAAAACCCCUCAAUAACUUUAGAAUGAAAAGCGUAUAUUGAGAUACAGAAUUUUUACCUUUGUAGUUACUUUCUGUAGUUAUGCAGCUGCUCACUGUAUCAGAACUUCUUGGUCUUAAAUCAAGCCUUAAAUUAAAAGUGAUAAGUAAUAUGGUCUUGACACUAAAUUUUUAGGGUACAUGGAUAUGACUUUCUUAUUAUCUUACGGUAUUGGUUUGGCUACCUUGGGUCGUCUUGGUGAUAGAUUAAAUUUGAGAUUCUUCACUGGUUUUGGUAUGUUUGGAACUAGUAUAGUUUUGAUGACUUUGGGUGCUAUUUAAAUCAAUCACGCAUUAACAGGUGAUGCCUAAAAAGCUGUCUUUAUCAUUCUCUGGAUUCUCAAUGGUCUUUGUGAAAGUACUGGUAUGCCUGGAUUCGUUUCUGCUAUGGGUAAUUGGUUCUCUAAGAAUUCAAGAGGUGCUAUUAUGGGAUUCUGGAUUGGAACUACUAAUACAGGUGACAUUAUGGGAUAUAUUUUAGGUGGUGUUAUGACUUAUAGUAUGAAUUUAUAUUGGGGAUAUGUUCCUAUUGUUAGCGGUUUCAUGCUUGGUGUUAUGGGUAUCAUCCUUUUAUUGUUCUUAAGACCUUAUCCUGAAAAGUUAGGUUUAUUCAUCGAUGAAGAAGGUAUUGCUAAUGCUGAUUAAGAAUUAAUUUAAAGAAGAAGAUUGAAUUCUUCAUUCAUGAUUGAAGCCGAGAACAAGACAGUAGAAGCCCUUGAUGAUUAUGAAUAAAAAAUUAAAAAAGAUGUUGAAGAAUAAAGAAAUGCUAAGCCUGUAACAUUCUUAAAUGCAUGGCUCAUUCCCAAUGUUGCUUUGUAUGCUUUAAUCUUCUCUGUCGUCAAGAGUACCAUUUACAGUCUCCUCUUUUGGCUUCCUACUUAUCUUUCAGAUAAAAAUUUAAAGGGAUUAAACGUUUACAUUACUUGUGUUUUUGAUGCUGGUAUUUUCUUAGGUGGAUUCAUAGUAGGUAAAUUGAGUGAUAGAAUUGGAAAAAGAUCAGUUGUCAUGGUACCUUCUCUUUUCGUAGCUACUAUGAUGAUUCUCACAGUUAUUCUUUUGGACUCUAGUGCUUUCGGAGCUAACUUUGUUUUAUUCUUUAUUAUUGGUGCCUUCCUUGGUGGUCCUUACAACGUUAUUUAAUCUGCUAUUAUGAUUGAUCUCGCUAAGCAAAAGGGUCUUGCUAAGAACACAAGAGCCUUAGCAACUGUCACUGGUUUGAUUGACGGCUGCGGAGCUAUUAUUUCUGCUAUUAUGUAAGUUAUCAUUCCUUUCAUUGGUACAACUCACAUUUUCUAUCUUCUUUUUGGUCUUGCUUGCAGUUCUUUCCUCUUCCUUAUCCCACUUUUGGUUAAGGAUACUAAAAGUUUACUUAGAAGAAGACAAAGAAAAAUCGAUUUUAUGUCUUCUCAAAUUUAACUUAAUGGUAAAAAGUAAAUUUUAAAUGAUCCUAGUGUCCCUACAUUAUAAAACCUAAAUGAAAAGAAGGAAUCUACUGAUCCCUUGUCAACUGAAAACAAAGCUUGA